AUGGCGCAUUUCAUAGAUAAUCUUAGACAGUUCUUUGAAGAGUUUUUAAGAUGUAUUAGGGAAGCAAUUGCGGGGCUGAGUUCAGAAUACGAACCAAAUCGUGUGGACAGCCUGUUAUACAGGCUAUCGGAAUUUGAAAGCACACUUGGAUUAAUUUCAAGUCGUGUUGGAGAAUAUGACACUGAUGACAGCGUUGAUCAGUUGUUGGAAGACCUGGAAUGGCUCUUAGCCACUGUACGUCUUAUAAAAACCAGAUAUCAAGAUAGGCAUGUUGAAUCGAACACCUCUUCCGAUAUCGAAUCGCCACACCACAGUUGUCCUGUUCAUUAUUUGGGCACGCUUGUCGUCCACAGCUUGUUGUUGACAAAGUUGUUGUUCAGCAACUGC